GGAAACAUCAAAAACUAAAAGAAGUGAAUAAUUUAAGCAGCAAAAAUAUUAUCAUUAAACAUUUACGAGAAAUAAGCGUAUUCCUUUUGCAAUACUCUCCCUCAGUUCUUGAUUCUACAUAAAAAAUGAGUCAGCCUGAGUCCAAAGCGAAGUUCCUCAGCAGUUCCAAUGAUCCGCCCAGCUCGGGUUAUAUUACUUAUAGAAUGCAGGAGGAACAACCCAUCUUUACGAAGCGUAAGAUGCUUCUAAAUAUUCCUCAAUCAUACUCCGAUAUAACGCACCUAACCGUCUCUCACAACUGGCUCUACUGCCUCGUCUCACAGCAGGUUCUCCUCAAGUAUCAGCUUCCGAAGGCAUCUCCACCAAUAGAAAUCCCAUUGGACAAAUACUCAAAUGGACAUACGAUUACCAAGAUGUUCCUCGACCACACCGGACAACACUUGCUUAUAACGCUAGCCUCAAAGACUCCAGGACUUUCGCCGGAAUUGAUUUAUGUAAAUGGCAAAACAAACAAAGUGAAGAGAAUCGAAAAACUCAAAGACCACGAAGUCACCGCCGUCGGAUUCAAUGUCUAUCAAGGUGACGAAUCCUCAACUGGGCCAAUUUUAAUUGGAACCAGUAGAGGAUUAAUUUUUGAAAUCGAUCUCAAUCAAGAUGGCGACAGAUCGUAUCGAAAACAGCUGCCUUCAUACAUUCCCCUCUACGGCCUGAGGGAACUGGAUGGACUGAUCUAUGACCUUGGCCUGGGUCGCAUGAAGUAUCCCAUCAAUGGGUUGGAUUUCUUUCGAGUUCCCGGUUCAAGCAAGUAUGUGGUUCUAGCUGCUACGCCAGACUGUUUGUAUGGCUUCCACGAAACAAUCGACGAUAAGUUCUCGCUUCAGACCAUUUUCAAUGCCUACGUCAAUGGCAUGCGAGCUCAACUCGCGGAAGAGAUUAAAACCGACUUGAAAUACUCGGUUCUUGGAUUUCACGUAGAAUCUCAGUGGCCAACUCGGUAUGCUUGGUUAAAUGGCAACGGCAUCCGAUUUGGUGAGCUUUCCAAGGACCUUACGCAAGAUAAUUUCAUUCUCGGCAAAGAGAACAUUCCGUUCUCUCAAGAUUUGAAGCCACUCUCGGUGGAGGAACGCAAACAGCUCGUCCCAAAAACCAUCAUGCUCACACAGUUCCAUGCGUUGCUUCUCUAUCCCGACCACAUAACCGGCGUGUGCUUGCUCAACCAAGAGCCCGUUUAUGAAGAGUAUUUCUCGGAUCAGUUUGGUAAGUUGCUGGACAUCGUGAUGGAUCCGUUCAAUGGUUCCAUUUACGCUUACACCCCCAAACAAAUAUUCCACUAUCGGGUCACCCACGAGAAACGGAACCUAUGGCAGUUGUACUUGCAGAAGGGUAUGUACGAUUUAGCCGAGCAGAAUGCGGAGAACCCAGCUCAAAUGGACAUAGUGCUGGCGCGAAAAGCAGAAGUUUCCUUCGACCAAAAGGAGUACCUCCGCAGUGCGGAGAUAUAUUCAAAUACGAAAAUAAACUUCGAACAGAUUUGUCUCAAGUUCCUCUCGUUAGAAGACAAACGUCCUUUGAUGACUUACGUGAAGAAUCGCCUUGACAAACUGCGCAACGAGGAUCUUACCCAGAUAACCAUGUUGGUUGUGUGGUUGGUGGAACUAUACCUCACCGAAAUCUCCUGGCCAGGUCUGGAUGAGCAAAAGAAGCAGGACUGGCAAUCGGAGUUCGAUAGUUUCCUGCAAACACCUCGAGUGGACAAGUGUAUUCGCAACAAUCGCUCGGUGAUAUAUGACCUGAUGGCUUCCCAUGGCGACAGUCACAAUCUUUCAAUGUUGGCCGCUGUGAAUCACGACUAUGAAUCAGUCAUCAAUCAGCAUAUUAACCAACAGAAAUUUCCUCAAGCUUUGAGCGUUCUAAGAACUCAAAGAAGUCCAGAGAUGUUUUACAAAUACGCACCAAUUCUAAUGGAGGAACUACCCCAAGAAACCGUAGCUGCUCUCAUGGCACAGGGAAAGAAACUAAAUUUGGAACGAUUGAUACCCACGCUAAUCUGCUUGGACAGUCAGGUGCAUAUUGAAGAAAUCAUCAAGUAUCUUGAAUACGCCGUCUAUUCCUUGGGAGAGCAAAAACAGGCGUUACACAAUUACUUGUUACGCUUAUACGCCCAAUACAAACCCGAAAAGUUGGACAAGUAUCUGGAGAAUGAGGGAACUGAUAUAACAUUGGUCCACUACGAAGUCAAGUAUGCGUUGCGGGUUUGCUUGGAGCACGAGGCAAAGAAUGCUUGUGUUUUUCUUCAGUGCCUUCUGGAGAUGUGGGAAGCAGCGGUGGAAUUGGCAUUGACAUUUAACAUUCAACAGGCUAAAGUAACUGCUUCGAAACCUGCGGAUGAGGAGACCAGGAGAAAGCUAUGGUUGAGAAUUGCUCAGCACGAUAUUCGAGGAACGAACGAUGUAAAGAAAGCUCUAGAACUUCUAAAAGAAUGUGAACUGCUGCGAAUCGAAGACCUUCUGCCUUUCUUUUCAGAUUUCGAAAAAAUCGACGACUUCAAGGAAGCCAUUUGCACUGCUUUAAAGAACUACAAUGAACAAAUUCAAGCCCUCCAAGCCGACAUGACAGAAUCUUUCAAACAGGCUCAACGUGUUCGCAGCGAUCUGCAGGGACUCCGCAAUCGAUCGGUUCGCAUUGGUGCUCAAGAGCCGUGUGCCAUUUGUGAGUCGUAUCUUCUUCUCAAGCCGUUCUUUGUGUUCCCCUGUGGACACAAAUUUCACGGCGACUGCUUAGAGAAACAAAUCAUUCCAAUGCUCACAUCCGAGCAAAGUCGUCGUCUGUCCAGUUUGAAGCAACAGCUGGAAAAUAUUCUAACCACAUCGAUUGCUAUAGCCGAACGAACCAACCAACAACGUCUAAGCCGUGAGAAGAUCAAAACUGAGAUCGAAAACAUCCUUGCCUCCGAUUGCCUGUAUUGUGGGGUCAUGAUCGAUACUAUCGAUCAGCCAUUCGUAGAGGAUUGGGAACAAGUCAAUGUCGAUUGGGAAUAAGUUAAACAAAAACAAAAUGUUUGUCGUUAUUAUCAUAAUUAUCUAAGCCUAAAAAUACAAACAUAUUUAUUAAAAUACAUAGAAAACCUUACACUAUAA